AUGCUACUCUGUGGCAUCGUCAAUGAGCUCUCUAAGCCGUCUGACGACCCUGCACCUGAUGCUCUCUUGUCCUAUUUCUUCUGCCAAGCUACCGAUACCCGCAUCAACAAUGCAACUGCUGUACUGCGAGGCCUACUCUACUUGCUCGCUAAUCAGCAGCCAUCACUCAUCGCUCACAUAAGAAAAAAGUACGACCAUGCAGGAAACGCACUCUUCCAAGAUGUCAACGCAUGGAUCGCACUAUCAGCCAUUUUCAAAACAAUUUUAGAAGAUCUAAACUCGAGGCCUAUCUAUCUGAUCAUAGACGCCCUCGAUGAGUGUGUUUCCGGGUUGGAACAACUCUUGGGUUUCAUUAAAGAGAACGCCCCGACCUCGCGUCAGGUCAAAUGGAUUGUAUCCAGCCGGAAUUGGCCCAGCAUUGAUCGCCACUUAACUCCGUCUACUAACGCUUCCGGUGCGAAACUGAGUCUUGAAAUCAACUCCGAUCUUGUGUCUCGAGCCGUCGACGAAUAUAUUCGUCACAAAAUAUCAACUCUACGCUCUCUGGAAGGCGACGAGGAACUCCGGGGUGAAGUGUGCGAGAAAAUGCGCCGGAAAGCCAAUGGCACAUUUCUCUGGGUAGCCCUCGUUUUGAAAGAGCUUCAGCAACUCGAUAGCGAUUACGACGAUCCCUUAGAGAUCCUUGAGGUCGUUGAUGCAAUCCCUAGCGGCUUGACGGAGCUGUAUACGCGAAUGGUUCAACACAUUUCGCAAUAUGACGGCAGGGAGCAAGAGCGAUGUCGGACCAUCCUCUCUAUCGCAACUUUAGCCUACCGGCCGCUUCACUUACUCGAAUUAUCUGUACUCGCUGGGUUCAAAGGGAAUCUAAUUGAUCCUGGUGCCUUAGAGAGACUAGUAAAUAAGUGCGGCUCCUUCCUGACCAUUCGUAACAGCACGAUUUAUUUCGUCCAUCAGUCGGCAAAAGACCACUUGAGCAACGAGGCAUCUGAUGAAAUCUUUCCCCUCGGCCCUGAAGCCGUCCACUACUCGAUCUUCGAGCGCUCAGUGGAUGCUUUGAUGAAAGGCAACACGUUGCGACGGAACAUCUAUGAUAUAGAUGAGCUUGGCCUGUUAAUAGAGCACGUUGUCACACCGGAUCCGGAUCCCUUGAUUGGGGUACGGUACUCCUGCGUGCAGUGGAUAAAUCACCUCGGCGAAGCAAACAGGGAUAAUGGUAGUAAUCGUGAUCAACCUACUAUUGAUAAGGAUGAGCGCAUCCCUCGCUUCUUCGAGACGUAUUUCCUCUAUUGGCUAGAAGCUUCGAGCCUCUUAAAGGCUAUGCCGGAUGCCGUCCGCUCAGUGAUCCGGCUUGAAAAUUUGAUCAUGGAGCAAUCACCGCCAUCUAAUCUCCUUCAUCUAGUAUAUGACGCACGUCGGUUCAUCCUUCACAACAUAUGGGUGAUAGAGAACGCCCCGCUCCAAACCUAUCUAUCGGCAUUGAUAUUUAGCCCGACCCAAAGUACUAUAAGAAAGGGUUUCAAAACGGAAGAGCCUCACUGGAUAAGGAUUAACCCUGCUAUGGAAGGUGACUGGAGUCCCUGCCUUCAAACGCUCAGCGGUCACCACACAGAAGUGUUCUCAGUAGCGUUGUCUAGUGAUGCGAAGCUUAUAGCAUCCGGGGCUGCAGACAAAACCAUUAAAAUCUGGGAUACCACAACUGGCCAUGAGAUGCGAACACUCUCUGGCCAUCAUGGUUGGAUCACAUCUGUGGCAUUCUCUAGCGAUACGAAGCUUAUAGUAUCCGGGUCUUAUGAUAACACCAUCAAGAUCUGGGAUACCAUGACUGGCUAUGAGGUGCGGACACUCACUGGUCAUGAUCAACCGAUCACAUCGGUGGCAUUGUCUAGCGAUGCGAAGCUUAUAGUAUCCGGGUCUGGUGAUUACACCGUCAAUAUCUGGGAUACUAUGACUGGCUAUAAGGUGCGGACACUCACUGGCCAUAAUCAACCGAUCACAUCGGUGGCAUUAUCUAGUGAUAUGAAGCUUAUAGUAUCCGGGUCUACUGAUAAAACCAUCAAGAUCUGGGAUACCAUGACUGGCUAUGAGGUGCGGACACUCGCUGGCCAUUAUGGUCUGGUCACAUCGGUGGCAUUAUCUUGUGAUAUGAAGCUUAUAGUAUCCGGGUCUUAUGAUAACACCAUCAAGAUCUGGAAUACCAUGACUGGCUAUGAAGUGCGGACACUCACUGGCCAUAAUCAACCGAUCACAUCGGUGGCAUUAUCCAGCGAUGCGAAGCUUAUAGUAUCCGGGUCUAAUGAUAAAACCAUCAAGAUCUGGGAUACCGCGACUGGCUAUGAGGUGCGGACACUCGCUGGCCAUUAUGGUCUGGUCACAUCGGUGGCAUUCUCUCGUGAUGCGAAGCUUAUAGUAUCCGGGUCUGAUGAUUACACCAUCAAGAUCUGGGAUACUGUGACUGGCUAUGAGGUUCGGACACGGCCUGAGUAUGGUGACAUGCUUAUGCCAGCGGCGUUCUCUAGCGAUGCAAAGCUUAUAGCAUUUAUGACUAUGGAUGGGAAAAUCAAGAUCUGGGAUACUAUAACCUGCUCGUUCUCUAGCGAUGCGAAGCUUAUACUAUCUGGGACUCUUGAUGGGAAAAUCAAGGUCCAGGAUACUAUGACCGGCCAUGAGGUGCAGACACUGGCUGGCCAUGGUGCCCAAGCCAUAUCAGCGGCAUUCUCUAGCGAUACGAAGCUUAUAGUAUGCGCAUCUGAGACUGGAACUAUGACGAUCUGGGAUACCGUGACCGGCCAUGAGGAGAUUCUGAUCUCGAUCGGGCCCUAUAUCAUCUCGCUCCACGAGGAGCGCGCCCGUCUUGAAGAGUUCAUCGACUCCAUUCAUUAUUCAGCUCGGUAUUCCGACAGCGAGUACGAGUAUCGCCAUGUUCAGCUCCCAAAAGCCAUGCUCAAAGUGAUCCCGAAGGACUACCACGACACGAGCAAAGGCACGCUGAAGCUACUCUGGGAGGAGGAAUGGCGUGCUAUCGGCAUCACGCAGAGUCUCGGUUGGGAGCACUACGAAGUCCACGAACCCGAGCCCCAUAUCUUACUUUUUAAGUGA